CUUUAUGGAGUGGUCGACCGCGUAUUGUUCAUUUCGAAAAUGUGACUAACGUGUAUUCUUGCUUGUUUGAUCGCAGGAUGUUUGGCGGCAAAAAGAAAAGAAAGGCACAAAAAGCUGCUGCCUCAAGUUCGGAAUGGGAAGAGUUCAAUCCCAAUCUGUUCCAGACCAAGGAGCAAAGUGAGAACUAUGAAGAGAAGAGAAUGCACAACCGCAGGGUGGCUCUGGGAAGGCCAUUGACGACGGAUGCGUAUUCUCAUUUCGAGAAUUACGGGUUUCUGGGACCCUUCAUCGAGCAAGAGUGGCUGAAGGUGAUAUCUCUCAAUGUACCAUACUACCCAAAACUGGUACAGUACUUCUACAACAACAUCGUCUACGAGCGCAAUGCAAAUGGAUCCAUUCACGCAUUCAAAUCCUAUGUGAAUGGGGUGGCGAUGUGCAUCAGCAAGAAUGUGUUGGCGCAAGUACUUGAGGCUCCAAACGAGGGGAAGAGAAUCAAUUCUUACGGUGCUUGGAAUGAAACGCAUUUCACGAGAGCCAAGCAAAUCCAGACGGUAUGUGGUCUUGAUGAAGAGGAAGAUGCUCAGGGGCGCAAUAGGCCAUCGAGUAACCACCUGACAAUUCAAGCCAGAGUUCUUCACCACAUGCUUUCCUACAACAUUCUGCCAAAGGGUGGACAUCGGGAGACAGUCACCUACUUCGACAUGGAGCUCCUCACCAACCUACUGUUAAGCGAGAAGGUGAACUUGCCAUACUUAAUCUUUAACCACAUGCUUACUGCUGCAGAGAGUUCAAACAGGAAUCUUCCCUAUGGGAUGAUCCUCACUGUGCUAUUUGAGCAUUUUAAUGUGAAUUUAAGUGAAGAGGUGGGAUUAAGAAUCUCAAGGCAGGAGUUCUAUACUGUUUCAUCUCUGAAAAAGAUGGGCUUUGAGCUGCGUAAUGGUGAGUAUGUCAGAGUGAACAAUGCUCAUGGUGGUGAUGAUGAUGAUGAUGAUGAUGAGGGUGAUGAAGGAGCUCGAGACGAGCCAAUGGGGGAGGCACAGAGUUCAACUCCACCGAUCACCUUACAGCGUGUGUGGGAGCGCAUGGAUGGCAUGUACGAGUACAUGGGCCAGAUGUCCACCCAGAUGACUGGCAUGCACGACUACAUGGGGCAAAUGACCGCCCAGAUGAGCACAAUGCAGGUGACCGUGAAUGAGAUGCGAGAUGAGUGGCGAUCUUUCAGCGGAAGAUACAUGCAUCCCACCACAUCCGACCACCAUCAUGCUAGCACCACCAAUGAAGAAAAUGUGGAUGAGAGAGAGGGGGGAGAUGAGUAGGAGAAAUGAGUUUUUAUAUUGUGUGUUUUAGUGGUCAAAACGAUUGUUGAGUGUUAUUAUGUUGUUUUUUUAGUUUUAUUUUUAUGUGUGAACAAUUAUGAUUUCUGUUUUAUUUUUAGUUGUUAUGCUGUGAAUUGAUGAGUCCUUGUUAUAAUUAUGACUAAUUAUGAUGGUUUGAAACAUAAUUUAUACGAUUAAAAGAACCACACAAAUCGACAUACAUAAGCAAAAAAGACACGGGGCAUAGGGUGACUUUCUUGUAUUCGGUCGACCUCGUAACGGAUUAGGUCGACCGCGAAACCAACACUUGAUCUUGAUUUUACGUCAAAUAAUUGGACACUUUGAUAGAACACUUAUCUUCUAUCUGGUCGACCUCUUUCAUCAUCCGGUCGACCAUUUUGUUAAUGACUGCAAUCAAGUGGUCGACCUAUAUACCUUAGGUGGUCGACCAUGUUGUUUCUGACGCCAACGAAAUGGCCGACCCAGGUUUUAUUCUGGUCGACCAAAAAUAAAAACUUAAACUAAGUGCGGUCGACUAGGUGGUCGUUGAGGUCGACCGCAAUGUUUUCUCGUGCUGCCCAAAUUAGUCGAUUCGGUCGACCGCCUUCAGCAAUAGGUCGACCGAAAAGUGCAUGUCACCGUGACAUGCAUGUCAUAGUAGGCAUACCCUAAAUUGUAACCAAUUGUCAAACCAGAAUAAUAUGCACAAGAAAGUCUUUCGUAGUCUUUGCCUUUGAAGUUUCAAUUCCUUGUGAGCUAUGUCUUCCUCAAUUCUUCUUUCCUCAUUCCGGCCUGUGUUCUUGGGUGAAAAGUGAAAAC